AUGGCUUCUUCAGGUUCUGCUUCUGCUUCCACUCUUUCCCUUGUUGGAACUGCCAACGUUGCUGGAAACUCCACUGCUACCUCUGGUGCUUCUUCUGCUUCUUCAGCUGCAUCAUCAUCUAUUUCAUCAGCUGCUAGCUCAAGUGAAGCUGCUUCAUCUGAUGCAUCGUCUGCAGCUUCUUCUGCAGCUUCAUCAGCAGCUUCCUCAUCAUCUUCCGCAGGUGCUGCAACUAUUGCUCCAAUCAUGAACUUCUCUGGUUCGAAUGCAAAGUUGACCACUCUUUUUGCAGGUAUCGUCGCUGUUGGUACCGUCCUUGCAUCUCUAUGA